AUGUCGCGGCGCUGCUUUAUGGUGUACCCGUUGCCGUCCGUGGCUGACGAGUCGUUUUUGAAUGUCAUCUUCGACGGCGGGGUUUGUCGCAGCGUAUUUGCGGGAUUUGGGCCGCGCCGCUUUGCCCUGGUGGAGCUGCGGGACGACGCCCGCGCGGAGGCGGUGACAUCCGCCCUGGGGCCUACGCCUUCACCACAUGUGAAUACUCACACGAGUGCCAGCGACCUCCUGAAGGACAAGGACGACGAUUGUGGGCUGGAGAAGCUGGGUUCUGCACCCGUCGCUGCCGCAUCCAACUCGAGGCGGAGGGGCAAUGCUGCCGGGAGAAAAAAAGAUGGCGGUGAUCCCACUGGGGGCGCUGACAGUGACGGCUGUACCGGGACGAGUGGUAUUGCGUACAUUGGCCGGCUGCGGUUCCGCAACACGCCGAUUCAAGUGCUGCCGAGUCCCAUUACACUCGACGAGAUAUACCGUUGCGGCGGACAGUUGCCGCAGCGUUAUUCAGGAAGGAAGACAGAAGGCGACAAACCGCAAGGGCGUGUGGGUCGAGGGCCGUUGGAGCGGAAGCGGCAACGUCCGCCUGCCACGGAGGAGACCACCACCGAAAGCGAAAACGCGGCAAUGGCGGGUGGGGGAACGACGACCGCCUCGAAUGGCGACGCCUGUCGCCGGUGCGGGUCGACGGAACAUUUCACGCGGCAGUGCAGCGCCGACUUGAGCACGGAGGACGCGGAUGGAAAAAGAGGCGGGGCUGCGGGAGUCGCCACGGGAUCUGGGCCGCGCGGCACCUCUCCACGCAAACGCGCCGCAAAACACGUCUUCCCUGCAGACUGCUGCCAAAAGUGCGGGUCAUCGCUGCACUUCACGCGGCACUGCGAUGCCGACGCUCACAGCGCCGGUGAAUCGGCGAGGCCGCAGGAUCACACGGGAUUAGACGAUGCUGCCGUGGCCCACGCUGUUGUGCCCAAGAAACAAGACAAAGCAGGGCACCAUGAGCCCCCUAACAAGAAAAACGAGAAGCAGCAACAACGAAAACAAGAGCAACGGCAUGUCGCACUGUGCACGUCGAAGGAUCAGUGCAAGCACUGCGGCUCAGAUGCCCACUUUUCUCGCCACUGCCCCUCAAAGUGA